AUGUCGCCGUUCCGGCUUCAGAAAACUGUCAAGUGUCAAACCAUUGAUGGCAUCUCCCUAGAGGCGUGGUUUUGGGAGGUGGAUGGCCCAGCGCCCGUGAUUGUAAUGUCCCAUGGACUCAACUGCGUCAAAGAAAUGAGCCUUAGUCAAACCGCAGAGGGUUUCCAGUCUGCCGGCUAUAAUGUGCUUCUCUACGACGCAAGAAAUGUUGGAGGAAGCGGAGGUUCUCCAAGGAAUGAAGUUGACCCGUGGCAACUUGCCCAGGAUCUGUCAGACGUCGUCAGCUUUGUUCGAUCCCUGCCGAGUGUAGACGCGAAACGCAUCAUAGUCUGGGGAAUCUCUCUCGGUGCCAGCGUCAGUGGGUGUUGCGCCGCCAUCGACCGACGUCCAAUCGCCACGGUCAUGGUAUGUCCCAUCUUCAAAAUGAUCCGGCCCGACCGGCGCAAGGCCAUUUUUGGGCAGCUCAUGCGAGAUCGCGAGUCGCAGCUUCGAGGCAACCAACCCUACACGCUACCGCCGUACGACAGCAAAGGGGAGAACCCGGCUGGGUAUGCCGGCUCAGGCGGCCCCGGUGGGCUUGAGGCGCACAUGCUCAUGAAGACGGCGACCGACCGGGGCCACCCCAAUUUUCGUGACCGCGUCACGUUGCAAACUUUUCAUAAAUUAGCUCUUUUCCGCCCCCGCGAUCUGCUGGAAGAACUUCUCGAAACUCCCGCUCUGAUGGUAAUACCGGAAAACGAUAAGCUCUCGCUGCCUGAAGACCAGUUGGCGGCGUAUGAAGCCUUGCAGGCUCCAAAGCGUUUGUACUGGGCAAAAGGUGCAGGACAUAUGGAUGUGCUCACAGGUCCGGGACACGAGGAUGUAAUGAAAGCUACCCUCGAGUUUCUCGAAUCUGUCUUGGAAGGAGAAAUACCUUAG